CCGGCUUUGCGAGAAGGCAUAAGGUGUAGGGAUGCGUAGCAGUUCGAGCCCCCAAUGUACCUAGCGGACCGGCCAAUGGCAGGUCCUAUCUCUAGCGCUUGCAGCCAUGGCGCUGGACGACUGCACCUCAGCCUGUUCAUCAGCCUGCUAGAGUCGCCAUGAGGCUGAGCAGUAGCGAACAUCUGCCUGCACGGCGGCGUCAGGCCUUGUCAACCAUCACUCUCCCAUCAUACUCUCCCAUCAUACUCUCCCAUCAUACUCUCCCAUCAUAACCGCUACGGAUGGCCCAGCUUCCCCGGCUGUCUCACGAGGAAUACACUGUAGGAUGGGUGUGCGCACUCCCGGUCGAGCUGGCGGCGGCGCAGGAAAUGCUGGACGAAGUGCACGAAGACCAUGAGCGCAAUGGCAACGAUGAGAACCUAUACUCCCUAGGAUCGAUUGCUGGGCACAAUGUUGCGAUUGUAUGCCUGCCGGCGGGAUGUAUUGGUAAUAACCCUGCGGCGGUUGUGGCGACGCAGAUGAAGGCUACAUUCAAGGGAAUUCGAUUUGGACUUAUGGUCGGUAUUGGCGGAGGAGUGCCCAGCGCCGCAGCGGACAUCCGGCUUGGGGAUGUCGUGGUUAGCCAGCCUGAUAAGACGUUCGGCGGGGUGGUGCAAUAUGACGCUGGGAAGGCGACGACGAGCGGGUUCGAGCGGACAGGAUCGCUUAACGCGCCACCGAAGGUGCUGCUUAACGCGGUUGCAAUAGUGAAAGCAAAUGAAUUCCUGGGUAAGACUAGGAUGUUAGAGUAUAUGAGGAAGCUGGAGGGCACCACCCCUAAGUUCCAGCGCAGCAAGGCAGGGCCCGACGUCUUAUUCGACGCGGGGUACGACCACGAGGAUGGGCGGACGUGCGAAGGAUGCAAGACAGAUCACCACAAAGCUCGGGAGCCGCGCGAUGAGGAGGUAGUGUCUCACUACGGGACGAUUGCGUCGGGGAAUCAGGUGAUAAAGAACGCGACAGAGCGAGACAAGGUCAGCGCGGAGCUUGGUGGGGUGCUCUGCUUCGAGAUGGAGGCGGCUGGUCUAAUGAACAGCUUCCCCUGCCUCGUUAUCCGUGGCAUCUGUGACUAUGCCGACUCGCACAAGAAUAAGAGAUGGCAGCCAUACGCGGCGGGAAUCGCGGCGGCGUAUGCAAAGGAUGUGCUUUCCGUGAUCCCGCCAGCUGCCGUAGCGAAGACUCGAACAGCGGAAGAGGCGGUUCAGAGCGUACGGAAGAAAGUAAUCUACUCCAUUCCAUUCCUCCCCAACAAGUCCUUCGUUGGGCGAAAGACUGAGCUCGACGAGCUAACGCAGAAACUCAUGGUCGACGAGGCGUGCUACAUGAUGUCGAUUGUCGGGCUCGGUGGGACAGGCAAGACACAGGUGGCGCUCCGGUUCGCGUACAUGGUGAAGGAGCGCUGGCCUGAUAUGUCUGUCUUCUGGAUGCCUGCGCUGAGUAUGGAGACGUUUGAGCAGGCAUGCGCUGAAAUAGUACGGCUGCUCGGGGUACCUAAGGUGGCCGAUGGCGAGGACGAUGUGAAAGAGCAGUUCAAGUGGCAUCUGGGCACGGCGCGGGCAGGGAAGUGGCUGUUGAUCGUUGACAACGCUGACGAUGCAGACAUUGUUUUCGGCGGUGCUCAAUCGAAGGGCAUUGUUGACUACUUGCCACGGAACGAAGAGGGCGUGACCUUGUUCACCACACGUACGCUAGACGUAGCAGUGAAGCUGACGGGCAGCCAUGUACUAGAGCUUGGUGCCAUGGACCGACAAGACGCAACUGCCUUUUUGACCAAAUCGCUGAUCAACAAGGAGCUCCUCAGCGAUAGUGUCGCCACGACAGACUUAUUGGAUGAGCUAGUGUGCCUACCUCUGGCCAUCGCACAGGCAGCUGCUUACCUUAACGGGAACAGGAUAUCUAUCCGAGGGUACUUACGGCUACUACACAGUACCGAGCUAGACCUUGUUAAGCUUAUGAGCAGAGAGUUCCGUAAUGACGCCCAGUACAAAGGCACGGCAAACGCAGUAGCUACAACGUGGGUGGUGACGUUUAGUCAGAUCCGCGCACGCGAUAAGGUAGCUGUGAAACUUUUGUCUUUUAUGUCGUGCAUCGAGUGGAAAGCGAUACCGCGGUCUAUUCUGCCGAGAGUGCGGUCCAGAGUGCGGAUGACAGACGCUAUUGGCACGCUCUGUGCAUAUUCUUUUCUAACCAGACGAGAGAACGAAGAGGUGUAUGACAUCCAUCGAUUAGUACAUCUGGCAACUCGGAUCUGGGUCAGGCAGUACGGCGACACGAGAAGGGUAGUAGAGAAGGGUAUCAGACAUGUAGCCCGCAUUUUUCCCCGGGACGACUAUGAGAACCGGAUAAAAUGGAGGGCGUAUUUGCCACAUGCGCUGCGGCUGCUUGAAGACAACCAAGACUCUUCGAUGGAAGAGAGGUCGCAGCUGUGUCUCUUAGUAGGAAAAUGCCUGAAAGCAGUUAGGCUGCUAGAGCAUGCUGUCGGCAUACGUACCAAAGUGCUCGCAGAAGACCAUCAUGAUCGACUAUCGUCGCAGCAUGAGCUCGCAAGAGCGUACCUUACCAGUGGACAGGUUAAGAAAGCAGUUAGGCUGCUAGAGCACGUUGUUGGCAUACGUAACAAAGUGCUCGCAGAAGACCAUCCCAGCCGACUAGCGUCGCAGUAUGAGCUUGCAGGAGCGUACGAGGCCAACAGACAGGUUAAGAAAGCAGUCGGGCUGCUAGAAUAUAUUAAUAGGAUAGAAGCAGAAGUGCUCGCAGAAGACCAUCCUGAUCGACUGGCGUCGCAGCAUGAGCUCGCACGAGCAUACAUCGCCAGCAGACAGGUUAGGGAGGCGAUCGAGCUGCUAGAAUAUGUGGUUAGGACAAAAGGAGAAGUUGUCACAGAAGAGCAUCCCGAUCGACUAGCGUCGCAGCGUGAGCUCGCGCGAGCAUACCACGCCAACGGACAGGUCAAGAAGGGCAUCGAGCUGCUAGAACAUGUGGUUAGGAUAGAACAGAGGGUCCACAGAUCCGAUCAUCCCGAUCGACUCGCAUCUGAGAGGGUCCUGGAAUCAUGGAAGCCUGAUUAGUAGCCGAGCUAAUUUUGAAUGGAUUUGUUUUUGUCUUAAUUACACUUUUCCGCAUAUGCAUUUUGCAAGGGCGUUGGUAGCGUGUGAUAGAAUUACCUCAUGUUUGAUAGUUGUUGUAUUGACUGAUACGGGCUAUGUCAAGUGGGUAGAGAUAGUAUUUUUGACUCCAAAAUAGUGCAGUAGUCAAUUACGAAGAAAUUAAGGAAGC